CAACUUUUAUAGAGGCAAAAUUUCUGGAGGGAAUGCGUCACUCCUUUUUUCUCCCUCCACUUUGCACUUGUAUUGUCAACACACGUUCAUUAACCCUUCCAAACAAAUAACAAAAAACACAUUUACAAAUUAUUUUGAAUUACUUGAAUCAACUAACUUAUCGACUUUAUAAAUACAAACAAGUUCCCAUCCCACCUGUCACGUCUUCGAAUUACCAGAAAGUGUGAAGUUCGAAUAUCUCAAACAUGGAUCAGGCCACUGAUUCUCCUCCAAGUUCCAACCCCACUACUCCAGAAGAAGUAGUCCCUCUUUCCCUACAGCCCCCACAAUUCGCCCGACGUAUCACUCGCCUCGGAAACACUCCACCUCGUCCCCCUCCUCAAGAGGUGCGACAAGGCCAAUUCGCCAAGAGGUCAGUCCUCACCGAGAUCAUGACAAGAAGGGAGACAAAUAACGAGGAUAAGAGUUCACUUCAUUUUGGACGACGACAUGUCAUCUCCCAAACGGCGAGUAAUAAGGAGCCCAUCAAAGAAGUUGAGGUCGGGCAGUUUGCGAGGAGGCAUGUCCUCGGCGAACCACGAUCUAAUAAUCCACAGGCGCCAUCAAAUAAUAACAAUACUGGAGAAAAUGUGUCAUAUCGCCUUGGACGACAUGGGCUAAAUCCCCGCAAGGAAGCACCCCCCGAAAUAAAACCCGCACAGUUUGGGAGACGAACCAAUUUCUUGCAAGACAAUGCAGAAAAAGUGGUCGUUGAUGAUGUAAAGCCAGCCCAAUUUGGGAAACGGGCUCCUCGUCAAUCAGGUGGUUCCGGGAUCACUUUUGGAUAAGUCUCGCUCCAGACAAGAUUACGAGAGAAUUUCAAACGCUUAAUUGGCAAUGUGAAUUUAAGCAGUGCUAUUGCUACGCAGUGUCUUUAUAUUUUUAUUCUUGUACUUGUCAAUAAUUCCGCAAUGCUUUUGUUUUCCUUCAAAUUGAAUGUUUUUGCUAAAUGAAUUUUAAUGCAUAUAGAAUACUUAUUAUUUACUUGUUGUGAAAUAUUCCUUCGGCAUAUGAUGCUGAUAUAUCUGUCGAAAGAAAGUUUUUAUUUGCUAUCUCGAUGAAUAAAGUGUAAGCAGUUUUUAUUUGCAUAAACAUAGAA